AUCAAAGGAAAUCAGACUAAAAUUUGCAAAUGAAAAAAAGAAAUUGGAAACAAAAAAUUUUAAAUGAAAUAAAUCAAAUUUAAAACAAUUAUAAAAAAAUCAACACAUGUGAUUUGUGAAGAAAAAAAUUAAAAAAUCCUACAAAAAAAUAUUUAAAAGAAAUAACAACCACCAUUAAAACUUUGGAACUUAUAAUUCUUCGUCAGUCCGGUUCUGUUAUAGAUACCAUCGUCUGGCUGGAUAUUUUUUUUUUCGUCUUGACUUUUUGUGGUGACCACUCAAAAUUGCCAAGCAUCCCAGCUAACAGCGAACCAAGCAUCCAGUUUUUUGGGUGUUCCCCUUUAAAAAAUUGAAAAUUGAAGUAACAUUUAAAUCGCGUAGCAUUUUAGGAAGGAGUGUGUGCGUGCGUGUGUAUAAUUUUUGAUUAAUUACUUCUUUGGCGGACAUUGUCGUCAUCAUCAAAUGGCGCUCAUUCCAGUUUUGAAUUUGCACAAGAACAAAAAUACAAUGCAAUACAAUUUUUUCGAAAUUAAAUUAAAGUCGCUAAACUCUUUUGGAAUCUUUUAUUGGAGAAAAAAGUGCUCGAAACAAUUAUGGAUUUACAAUUUUUGGAAAGAUGUUGUCACUUGAUGAGCAGCAUCCAUGGAUUUAUGAAAUAAUGAAUAUAACAUCCAGCCAAACGAACGAUGAAAACUUAGUCUUCGUUAAGUUAACGGAUUUUCCAGCCAAAAGUUUUCAGAACAGAAAAUGGUUGAUCAAAUAUAUAACAGAAAGUCAUUGUAACGAUUUAGCAGCUAAUCAGGAGGAGGAGGAUAACAACAAAAAAGGUGGCCGUGGAAACACACAAAUUAAUGCUGAUAGAGACGAAUCAGAAGAGAAGAUAACAACACGGAGAAAAAAAAGGAUAUGAGGAGGAUAUAAACGAAUGUCAACAUCAAUCGUGGUCGUUGGUGUUGUGUGGCGGUGGUGGCACAUCCAGUAAUAAAUUAUGAAACAAUCAAAGCCAGAAAUGCAUAGCUAAGCAGAACAAGAACAACGGAUACUUGUCGUUCACGUUUUUUUUUGGGGGUCAUAAAUAGCAACACGUAUUGUCCUUUGUUUGUUUAAAUAAACAAAAAAAAAAAAAAAAACGCCGACAAGCCAAGUAAUUCCAACACACACUCGAACCCAUACAACCUACCUCAAAAUUCAAGCCUGGCAACCAAACUCGAAGUCAAAAGAAAACGCAAAAAACAAAAAGGAAACCAAAUCAACAGAGAAAUAUACAAAUAUAAAUAGCCCUAAACCCAACUCGUCCUCGCAGAGGAGUAGCAGCAACAACAGCAAACAGCAUUCAAUCAAGUUAGCCAGCCAGCCAGCAACAACACAUGAGUCCGAGCAACCAGCAACAGCAGCAACUCGAAAAGCCAUAGCCAUAGUAGCAAUCAGCCAAGCCAACCAGACCGACCGACAGACCAAACAGCCAACCCAACCAACCAUCCAUCCAUCAGCCAACCAUCUGUAUAUGGUAAUUUUUUUGAGGUUGUUGGUGUUGCUUUAUUAACGUACGACGUUAUGACUUGAAGGCCAGACACAUUAUUCAACCAUCAUCACCAACCAACCAGCCAACAGCAGCAGCAGUAGUAACCUAGCCAAGUGAACCACCAAACAACAACCCAGCAAGCCGGUCAUUUACCAGGAAAACAACAAAAAUCAACCAGAAAAGCCAAAAACUUAACAUAUCUUCUCUCGACAAUCAUUUCAUUUCCAUAUAACUUCAAAAGCCGAAACAACACCACACGAACAAAAAUUCAACUUUCCUUUGGAGCAGCUAGCCAGCCAGAGCCAAUACACACAGAGACACAACAGGCUACCUACCGGCUCUCCCCUGCCUGUCUUCCCCCAUUCGUUCCCAACUCAGCAAAACUUGUUAUCAUCGACGUCAUUGGAUAUUUGCCAAAAAAAUAAAGAAGAGAGGAGAGGAGACCAGCACCACCACCACCAUUUUCCAUAAAAGGAAACAACGAAAACGACAUAAAACAAGUUUCACCACUGCCCAAAUAUUCAUUCGGCAGCAGCAGCAUCUUUGUCCAAACUUUGGUCAUUAACAAAACGACGACGACGACGACAACGAGUGUCCUGUGCUGCUUUUUUGUGGUCACGACCGGCAAACUUUUAACACGUUUCGUUCGUCGUUCGCCCUAGCACUGAGUGUGAGAGCAAAGCUCAAAGCAAAAAUAUGUCUACCUCAAUAUUAGCCGCCUUAUCAUCAUCCUCUAAUGGCAAUGGUGGCAGUGGCAACACCACCGAUAAUCAUAAUCCUCCGCCUCCAUCAUCAUCUAAUCGUGAAUUUGUCGAAGGUUGGACAUUGGCUCAGACACUGGGUGAAGGUGCCUAUGGCGAAGUAAAAUUGUUGAUUAAUCGUCAAACCGGUGAAGCUGUUGCUAUGAAAAUGGUCGAUUUGAAAAAACAUUCGGAUGCCAUCAUGUCGGUGCGUAAAGAAAUUUGCAUACAGAAAAUGUUACAGGACCAGCACAUCCUGAGAUUUUUCGGUAAUCGUUCACAUGGUCAUAUUGAAUACAUAUUUCUGGAAUAUGCAGCCGGUGGCGAGCUGUUCGAUCGAAUCGAACCCGAUGUCGGGAUGCCGCAACACGAAGCUCAGCGGUAUUUCACACAGCUCCUGUCCGGUGUCCAGUAUCUGCAUCAACGUGGCAUUACACAUCGUGAUUUGAAACCGGAAAACCUUUUACUGGACGAACAUGACAAUAUCAAGAUAUCCGAUUUUGGAAUGGCCACCAUGUUUAGAUGCAAAGGCAAAGAGCGGUUGUUGGACAAACGCUGUGGCACCCUACCGUAUGUGGCCCCUGAGGUCCUGCUAAAGCCCUAUCAUGCCCAGCCAGCAGAUAUUUGGUCGUGUGGCAUUAUCCUGGUUACAAUGUUGGCUGGUGAAUUGCCGUGGGAUGAACCCUCUGUCCAGUGCCAGGAGUUUAUCAAUUGGAAGGAUAAUGAUCGUUGGUCCACCCAAACACCCUGGAGUAAAUUGGAUACAUUAGCUAUUUCCCUGCUGCGCAAAGUGCUGGCCACUAAUCCCAGCCAUCGUCUGACCCUGGACAAAAUUAUGGCCCACAAAUGGUGUCACAUGGAAUUCGCCGAUAAUGAUCGUGCUCGUGAUUUGGUCGAUUCCGCAGCAGCCUUAGAGAUACGUUCACCCAAGGCCAAGAGGCCCCGGCAAAUGUCAAGUAAUCACAGUGGCAGUAACAAUCUCGACGAUUCCAUAUCACGCAACUAUUGCUCACAACCCCUGCCAGUGUUCCGCAAUGAUUUUGAAGCUCCUGCUAAUCCUCAAGAAGUUGAUAACCUCCCCGCCGCAGCACGUGAACAUCGUUUGGGUUUCUGUUUCUCACAACCAGCCAUGUUGGAUGAUCUACUGCUAUGCACCCAAAUGAAUCAAACUCAAUCCGCAUCACAGAAUCUCUUCCAACGUUUGGUGCGACGCAUGACACGAUUCUUUGUUUCGACGCGACACGAUGAUACGCUCAAACGUUUGGUGGCCAUCAUCGAAAAGCUGGGCUAUACCUAUAAAAUUUGUGAAGAUAAUCUGGUUGUGACCAUCAGUACGAUUGAUAAGUCGAAAUUGAAUUUAGUAUUUAAGGCUCAUCUCAUUGAAAUGGAUGGUAAAAUCCUGUUAGAUUUCCGUCUCUCGAAGGGUUGUGGUUUGGAAUUUAAACGGCGUUUCAUACGAAUCAAACAGCUUAUGGAGGAUAUUGUGCAAAAGGGUCCAGUGACAUGGCCCAUAGCCAUUGCAACGAAUUGUGUGCCCUAGAUGAGGGAAGGAGAAAAAUAAGGUUUUUUUUUCGUUUUAUGCUAAGAAGAAUGUAAUGUCUAGAUUUAAACGUUUUUUUGUUUUCUCUCUUUUCUAUUAAUUUUUAAAGAAAAUUUUGUAUUCAUAUAUUCUAUAUUUCCUUAAAGUCUGUCUUAAAUAGGAGGUUCAGAGAAAAUUACUUGCAGAGUGGACUACGAUUUAUGAUAAUUUUUAAGUGACUGUCAACUAAUAAAGUUUAAAAUAUGGACUUUAUAGACGUCAAGGAAGUCAUAUUUACAGGAUCCCAAUAACUUUCCAAAAGAUCCCGAAGAGAGUUCCGAAAGUUGUUUCGACCUGAUCGCUGAAGUCGGUCAUGAGGUUUUAUUUAAUAGGCACCAAAAAAUUGUCUAUUCAGAAAGGUGUCCUUAGAUCAGAAGAGCGUCUUUAUAGAUUUUCAAAAUGGCAUAUUUUAAAAAGACCUCAAUGGUAUCUUUAUAAGUAACUUGAAAGAAGUAUUUUCAGAAGGGAAAAUAGGAGCCUUCACAGGGCUGUAAUAUUAUUUUCGAAAAACAAGAAUGUGAAAGAAAAAGAAAAAAAAUCUAUGUCUGUUUCCCAUUUUUUAAAAUCACAUAGAAGUGACGCUAAAGAAAGUCGUCUUUACAGGAUCCCAAUGACUUUGCAAACUCCCAGAAGAGAGCUCCGAAAGUUAUUUCGACUUGAUCACUGAAGUCGGCCAUGAAGUUUUAUUUAACAUCCACCAAAAAAAUUCUAUUCAGAAAGGUGUCCUUAGAGCCGAUCAGAAAAGCGUCUUUAUAGACUAUCAAAAUGGCAUUUUUUAAAAAGACCUCAAUGGUAUCUUUGUAAGCAACUUGAAAGAAGUAUUUUCAGAAGGGAGAAGAGGAGUCUUUACAGAAAACAUCUGAGGGAUGUUGAAGGGGCUGUAAUAUUAUUUUCGAAAAAUAAGAAUGUGAAAGGAAAAGAAAAAAAUUCUAUGUUUGUUUCCCAUUUUUUUAAAUCGCAUAGAAGUGACGCUGAAGAAGGUCGUCUUUACAGGAUCCCAAAUAACUUUACGAACAUCCCGAAGAGAGCUCCGAAAGUUAUUUCGCCUUGAUCACUGAAGUCGGCCAUGAAGUUUUAUUUAACAUCCACCAAAAACAAUUUUAUUCAGAAAGGUAUCCUUAGAGACGAUCAGAAGAGUGUCUUUAUAGACAAUCAAAAUUACAUAUUUUAAAAAGACCUCCAUGGUAUCUUUAUGAGCAACUUGAAAAAAGUAUUUUCAGAAGGAAGAAGAGGAGUCUUUAAAGAAAACGUCUGAGGAAAGUUUAAGGGGCUGUAAUAUUCUUUUCGAAAAGCAAGAAUGUGAAAGAAAUAGAAAAAAAAUCUAUGUUUUUUUUUUUUUUCCAAUUUUUUUAAAUCACAUAGAAGUGACACUAAAGAAAGUCGUCUUUACAGGGUCCCAAUGACUUUGCAAACACCCAGAAGAGAGCUCCGAAAGUUAUUUCGACUUGAUCACUGAAGUCGGCCAUGAAGUUUUAUUUAACAUCCACCAAAAAAAUUCUAUUCAGAAAGGUGUCCUUAGAGCCGAUCAGAAAAGCGUCUUUAUAGACUAUCAAAAAAGCAUAUUUUAAAAAGACCUCAAUGGUAUCUUUAUAAGCAACUUGAAAGAAGUGUUUUCAGAAUGGAGAAGAGGAGUCUUUACAGAAAACCUCUGAGGGAAGUUUAAGGGGCUCUAAUAUUAUUUUCGAAAAACAAGAAUGCGAAAGAAAAAGAAAAAAAUCUAUGUCUGUUUCCAAUUUUGUUAAAUCAGAUAGAAGUGAUGCUUUUUUUCCCUUUAUUUUCGGUUUAUAGACGACCAGAAGAAGUCUUGUAGACCAACAGAUGGAGUCUACAUAGACCAACAAGAAAUCCUGAAACAUAUGCGAAGGGUGUCUUUGUAUACAACUAGAGCUAGGGAGUUUUUAGGCGAAUUAUAAUAGGAGUUUUAGACCAAAAAAGAUGGCCAACGAUUAUUUGAACAGAAGCUUAAUAUUUUUUAUAAACGACUGAUACCAAAAGAAAGUCUUGAGGCACGAUCCUUAAAAAAAAAGAAAAUCAAAAAAGUCUAAAUAUGCAUAAAAUAUGUCGUCCAGAAUUUUUUUAGACAAAAAAAAGAUGGCCAACGAUUAUUUGAACAGAAGCUCAACAUUUUUUAUAAACGACUGAUACCAAAAGAAAGUUUUUGAGGCACGAUCCUUAAACAAAAAGAAAAUCAAAAAAGUCUAAAUAUGCAUAAAAUAUGUCGUCCAGAAUCAUCUUUGUAAAAUUAUUUGUGAUUGACAGGGUGCAAGUCGAGUUCAAAGGAGCCAGUCAAGAAUAUUACAUGCAUAGACGAUUAGAAAUCGAGAACUUAUCUUUACGAUGGAUCAAUUAGUUGUCCGAUAGUCCACUCUUGAAGUAAUUUGUUUUUAAUUCUGUAAACCCCGUUUUAUUUAUUCAUCAUUGUUCUGAAAUAGAUUUAGGUUAUAGUCUACUGUCUUUCACAAUGCUUCAAUGUUAUUCUUUGUGGUUUUCAUUUUAUAUUUCUAUUAUUUAUUGAUUGGUUUAAUGUCACAACCAAUUGGUUCUGCUUGAAUAUAAGAGACAAUUAUUUGUUAGCUUCAAAUGCGAAUAUUGCCGUAUAAUUCUCUCCUAUAUUAUAUUAUGUAAUGUUGAUUAAGGGCAAUUUCUUAUAACCGAUAAAUUCUUUACUUAUAUUUCCUUUAAUAUUUAUGUCCUUUGCCCCUAAAUGUAUCUGAACUACAGAAAUGCCUUAAAUGUAGACUCGUUGUUUUUUUGUCGUGUACGAAUCUUAUUUAUAUAGUGAACUGUGAACAAAUAAAAAAUGUAUUUUU